UCCAAACGCUACCAACUUCUCUCUGCACGUGUCCUUUGGUUCGUCCACCAUGACCUGUGGCUUUCCAACUGGAAACUUCAGCUGCGCCUCAGCCUGCGGGCCCCGGCCCGGCCACUGCUGCAUCUCCGCAGCUCCAUACAGGGGCAUCUCCUGCUACCGCGGACUCUCCGGGGGCUUCGGCAGCCACAGCGUCUGCGGGGCCUACCGCGCCGGCUCCUGCGGACGCAGCUUCGGGUACCGCUCAGGGGGCAUCUGCGGGCCCAGCCCCCCCUGCAUCACCAGCGUCUCCGUCAACGAGAGCCUGCUCACGCCCCUCAACCUGGAGAUCGACCCCAAUGCUCAGUGCGUGAAGCAUGAGGAGAAGGAGCAGAUCAAGUGCCUCAACAGCAGGUUCGCGGCCUUCAUCGACAAGGUGCGCUUCCUGGAGCAGCAGAACAAGCUGCUGGAGACCAAGUUGCAGUUCUACCAGAACCGCAAGUGCUGCGAGAGCAACUUGGAGCCUCUGUUCGAGGGCUACAUCGAGACGCUGAGGCGCGAGGCUGAGUGUGUGGAGGCUGAUGGCGGGAGGCUGGCUGCUGAGCUCAACCACGUGCAGGAGGCCAUGGAGGGCUACAAGAAGAGGUAUGAAGAAGAAGUUGCACUGCGGGCCACAGCAGAGAAUGAGUUUGUGGCUCUAAAGAAGGAUGUGGACUGUGCCUACCUGCGCAAGUCGGACCUGGAGGCCAACGUGGAAGCACUGACCCAGGAGAUCGACUUCCUGAGGAGACUGUAUGAGGAGGAGAUCCGCAUCCUCCACGCCCACAUCUCAGACACCUCGGUCAUCGUCAAGAUGGACAACAGCCGGGACUUGAACAUGGACUGCAUCGUGGCUGAGAUCAAGGCUCAGUAUGACGACAUCGCCACCCGCAGCCGGGCAGAGGCUGAGUCCUGGUACCGCACCAAGUGUGAGGAGAUGAAGGCCACAGUGAUCCGGCACGGAGAGACCCUGCGCCGCACCAGGGAGGAGAUCAAUGAGCUGAACCGCGUGAUCCAGAGGCUGACCGCUGAGAUCGAGAAUGCCAAGUGCCAGAACACCAAGCUAGAGGCCGCCGUGACCCAGUCUGAGCAGCAGGGAGAGGCCGCCCUCACUGAUGCCCGCUGCAAGCUGGCUGAGCUGGAGGCUGCCCUACAGAAGGCCAAGCAGGACAUGGCCUGCCUGCUCAAGGAGUAUCAGGAGGUGAUGAACUCCAAGCUGGGGCUGGACAUCGAGAUCGCCACCUACAGGCGCCUGCUGGAGGGCGAGGAGCAGAGGCUGUGCGAGGGUGUUGGGGCUGUGAAUGUCUGCGUGAGCAGCUCCCGUGGAGGGGUCGUGUGUGGGGACCUGUGCGUGUCAGGCUCUCGGCCCGUGACAGGCAGCGUGUGCAACGCCCCAUGCAGUGGGAAUGUGGCGGUGAGCACUGGCAUGUGUGCUCCUUGUGGAACCGGCUCCUGUUACCAGGGGAGGUGUUAGGGGUCACGAGAGAGCCAGGAAGUGGCCUGCUCCACAAGGCCGAGCACAGUAGCCUCAAGAUCUGCUGCCCUUGUGUUCUGAGAAUACAUCCCUGCCCUCCAUAGCUGGCCCUCUGUCCACCUACCUGCUGGCAAGGGGCUGACAGGUCAUCCUCCUGCCUCAGCUGCAGCCCUGGAGGUGC